GCAAAUGUCAACAAGCACAAACUGACUUAAAGGAGCAGGUAACUGUGAAAAGAUAUCCUGUGCAAUCGCCCAACAUUUCAAACAAAAAACCGGCGAAACGGCAAUCAAUGUCACAAGAUGAUGAGAGUAUAGAAGAACCAGAGAUGGACGUGCCUGGCCCCAGUACAAUACAUCUAGACAUAGCUCAGUCAACUACGACUUCGACUCGCAGUGUAAGAAGCAGGCUCGAUUUUUCAUCGACCGCAAACUCAACUGUAAUCCCGUCUUCGACCCUGAUCACUGCACGUCAGAUAGAGAAAAUAACAGCAGCUGCACGAACAGAAGACGCCUCUGUCCUCGCGUAUAUAAUUAUGAAAUAUUGUCCCAACGUAGUUAGAGAGGUGAAGAGAAAAAUCACUGAUGAUAUAAAUGCGUCUUGCAAAAACCUUUGCCUUAGAAACAAAGGCUCUAUUUUACACGCUGGACGACAAGACUCAUGCGGCAUGAUGAUAAACUUCUCGUUUGAAAAGUUGUGGGAAGAAAUGGAGACCAAUAUCCCAUUUGUCAUGGAGAUUCUAAAUGCAAUCACUGGUGUUGAAGGAGGUAAAGCGAAGCAAGACCUACGAGUAAAGUACGGGUUUCUAUAUUCCAUUCUAAUGAAUGUACGUUGGCAUGAACUAAGUCUGAUUCAGCGAUUGAACACGCUUUGCUUAAUUGAAGGUGGCUGCUCAAAACAG